AUGAAAAGGUUGCUGAGGAAGAACGGCAGGAGGGAUUCCUCCGGGCCAAAGAAAAUCCGCUGGAACGUUUUCAAGAAUCAAGCCCGAGAAUUUUGUCUCGCGACAGGACUCCACGGGUACAAGUACGUCGCGCAAUCUCAACGUUCGAAAAUCGAACGAAUAAUUUGGGCGAUCGUCUUGUUCGGCUCCUUGUGCUGUGCGAUCGUCCUUAUGAAGAUCGCUUGGGAUUACUACGCUUCUCAUCCAACGCUCACGGUGAUAGAGACGACUCAUCGAGGUAUAUGGAAUUAUCCGUUUCCCGCUGUAACGAUUUGCAAUAUCAAUCGAAUAUCCCUCAACCUGACGAGAAGCUUGGUCGAGAUGCUGUCAUAUCCGUCGAAUGUGUCCAAGGAGUUUCUCGUUCAAGAAUUUCGAUUGCUUUUGGAGUUACUCGAUCCUGGCGUGUUCGAGCACGACGUUACGGAAAAUCUUACUCGUUUGCAGGACAUUAUUGACGAUAACGGACUAACGAUAACGGAGGUGAUGGAAAAGGUUACGAAGAACUGCAGCGAUCUCCUAACGUCGUGCAAGUGGAACGACGACUCGUUCGAGUGCGAGGAAUUCUUCGAUCGGAUACUGACCAGGGACGGUAUCUGUUGCAGCUUCAAUUACGUCUCGCCGCGCGACGUCGAAAAUUCGUACGACUCGAAGCCGAGAAAGAUACCAGCGUGCGGAUAUCAAACUGGUCUGGCCGUAACGGUGAAUCCCGAUCCAGAGGACUACUUCGCGACCAUUCUCGGAUCCUUCGGUGUCAAGGUCUUGGUUCACUAUCCGUACGAUUAUCCGGACCACAACGCGAACGACAAGCUGAUCGGUUUGAACAGGCAAGCGUUCCUCAGCGUCUCGCCCGAAGAAACUUACGCGAUGUUGGACGUUAAGGAUCUCGCGAUAUCAACGAGAAAUUGCAUUUUUAGCGACGAAGGGGAUGAGAUACCGAAGGAUAAGGACGUUGGCUACAGAAGAUUAACGUCCGGAAGAUACUCCUACAUAAAUUGCAUGGCCGAAUGCCGUGCCAAUACCAUUAGGAAUAAGUGCGAUUGCAUCCCAUAUUAUUUUCCAUCGAACGAUGCCAGAGUCUGCAAUUUGAAGGACGUCGAGUGCUUGUCGAUGUACAGACCUUGGUACGACACGUCGUGGCCCGGAGAGGGCACGGAACGAAUUACGCUCGAGGAUAACGUGGACGUGGUGUACGAGAGACCUUGCGGAUGUAUCCCCGAUUGUACCUUGUUUCGAUAUCCGGUAGACGUUUCCCAAGGGAUUCUGGAUACCAACGUUUCCUUCGAUGGAUUUCGUUACCUAAGGAAGACCGGGAAACACGAAGGAUCCCAAAAUCAAAGCAUAAUCCAUGUCUUCUUUAGCGAUUUGAUAGCCAUUCAGUAUCGUCGAAGAGUUCAUUAUAAUUGGCGUAACUUGUUCGCUUCGUUCGGCGGACUCUUGGGACUAUUCGUUGGAUUCAGUCUUAUGUCCGGCUUCGAAAUAAUAUAUUUCUUUAUCAUUCGAAUAAUCACUGAUAGACUCGUAAACAACGAUCGGGAGAAUCGUAACAAAUCGCGAAGCUUCCCCUCCGAGAUACAAAGUAAUUAGAAAUUACCCACGGAUCGUCUCGCUUUCGACGCUAAAACCGUGUCGACGCUCAUCGUCGAUCGCCAAGGAUAAUUUCCGAACGUUACCGCGUUCCGCGUCAUCGACAAGCAUCUCGUCGCUCGAUCGUGCAUUCGUCGCGGAUCCACGCCGCGCUGUUUCUUAUCGCGAACGCAUCUGCAUUAUCGACUCGAGGUAAAAUCGCUGUCCUAAUCUUCUUUUUUUUUUACCAACGCAACGAGCACGAUUUCGAAUAUACGUCUCGAGAUGGCAGACGAUGUUAUUUUUCCGAUCAGUGCUUCUGCAAUUUUUUUUCAUCUCUGUAAAAGCGCAAACCAUCCCUUUCAUCGAAUUUCAUUUUUUUCCGUCCCCGAUACCCUUAUUCCCUUCCGAAAGACAAAAAGCACGAAUCAUCCAGCGAACGUACGUCGAAACGAAAAGAUUUGUCCGCGAUAUCCAUAGAAUUCAAGUACGUGCGUCGAGCGUUCGCGUCCGCUCGAUAAGUAGCGCGAGAGAGUACUUUGCUCGCUUACCCUGGCACGGAGAGAAGACGGCUAUUUUCCAAAUAUCAUAUUCCUCGGUGACGUCCGACGUAGAUCAUCUUUCUUCUUACCGCCAUCGGAACAUUCCCUCGAAGAAAUUCCCGUUCCGGCUUCUUCGAACGCAUUUUCAAUUAUUUCCGAGUACUACCGAGUCCGUAUCCACGACUUUAAAUUAUAAGUUAAACGUCAUUUUCGGGACACUCGAUUUUCACACGCGAACUUUGCAAAUGUCGAUGUCUCAGAAUAUUAUAUGCGAGAUAGACGUACGACGAAUGUAGAGAUUAAUUCUUCAACUAUUCGUACGAUUUAUUAAUCGUUCGUCUUUUGAUUCACGGUGUACGAUUCAAAGUGUACGUCACGGCGUACUCGCGUAUGCCCAAUGACGAAGUAGUGCGCGCGCGGCGGGAAUCUUAGCAAAGUUAAAAACUACCCAUCCACCGAUACGAGACGUACGGAUACCGAUCGUUGAAGUGCCUCGUGGAUUUUUUCCUUUGCAAUUUCUAUAUCGCACGCUAUUUCGUCGUAACAGUCGGGAAGACAAAACAAAGCCUACACAUUUAUCGGCGCCGAGUACGUCGAAGGGGCGCUGUGCGCAUACGCGACGCGAAUUAUUCAACCGUUUUUGCGUUCGACGUGGCUCCGUAUCGUUCUCGUUAAUUUCAGGUAAUUAGUUUUCUUCUUUUUUCUAACGUAGACCCUCCUCUUAUAUAUCUCCCAUAUACACCCACACGAUACUUUCAACCGUCUCGUUUGACUUGUAAAGCUCCAAAUAUAAAUUGAUCGGUAACACGACGUAGCAAAGGUGCUUGGAAAUACGACAAUUUUAGUAGAUUUAACGAUGCUCCGUGCAUCUUCGGAAGCAACGAGCUCCGCGUGGUGGCCUUCGGGUUUACUCCGUAUCAAUUGCUAUCCGUGACGAUCGAAUAGCAACGUAAAAAAGCACCGUGCAACGGUCGCAUACUUUGGUACGUUUCCAAAAUGUUUUUUCUUUUAUCUUUAACAUCAUAUCGUACUAUUCAACGAUUACAUAUCGCUUAUCGCAACGGAUAUAAUAUAUAACUUUAUUAUGAUU